AUGUUCUCAUCCACAAGACUAUGGUUCCGGCAACUGCACGCCCUGACAAGGAAAAUCUUCCUGAUUACACUCGUCAAGCACUGGCUCUCAACACUCCUCCGAACUCUCCUAAUACCCGUCCUGAUUCUCGUUCUGGUCCUUCAAAUCCAGAACUUCACAGGCGAUGGAAGCAGGUAUGGCGUUGGAGAGCCGUCUCCCAUCCCAAGCCUUGCUGAGACUCUGCCCCCAGGGACGAAACUUGUUUUUGUGAAGGGUUCGAACGCGGGGUCUGAUGUUGGCGGCGUUAUCACCAAGAUCAAAGUUGGGCUGAAGGGGAGUGUUGAAGUUGCUGAUAGUGAAGCCGAUUUACGAAAUCGAUGUCCCACGAGUUUAAGCGGUGUAACGAAUUGUUACGCUGCUGUUAUUUUCAACGAUUCACCUCUUAGCAAAGCGGGCAAUAAGACGUGGAGUUACACCAUCAGGGUUAGUUCAGCACGAGCAUCAACCAAAUUCGACAUCGCCACGCCUUCCAAGAACCACUACGCAUCGCUCCAACUCGCCGUCGAAAAUGCCAUCACGAACUCCACCACGACUCCGAACAGUUACAUGUUUACACGGAUAACACAAGAUGAGGCUGCAGAGAUAAAGCGUCGUAACUUUGCGGCGACUAUGGUCGGCGGUUUUGGAAUCGUGUGUUUUCUGAGUAUGAUUUCGUCGGUGUUUCAUAUCAUUGGCAUGAUAUCGACGGAAAGGGAGGCCGGGAUGGCGCAGUUGAUCGAUGUGAUGACUGGUGGUGCGGCAUCGGCGAGGGUGUUGAGUUAUCUUAUUGCUUUCAAUAUCAUCUACUUGCCGAGCUGGAUCAUAUUUGGAGCCUUAUAUGCAGCCCUCCUCGUGCCGACUUCGAACGCCGCUAUCGUCAUCCCCUGGCAGAUCCUCUCCGGCCUAUCCCUCACAAGUUUGAGUGUCUUUGCAGCCACCAUCAACAUCCGAUACACCGCCAUAUCCAUGGUCAUCGUCCUAAUGCUCCUCGCCACCCUGUGCGAGAUUCUCGACUCCAAACCCGAAAACGUCCCUGCGCUUAUCGUCCUAAUCCUAUCUGCCAUCUUCCCGAGCUCGAGCUACAUCUUCUUCCUGAACCAACUCUGUCGAAACGAAGCGCAAGGUCUCGCAACCAACAUUUCGAAACCAGCUCCCCAUCAGCCUCGCAUAUACGACGUUACAGUAUCUAUGUUAUGGGGUCUACUGCUUCUUACGAUAGUAUUCUACCCUUUACUAGCUAUCCUCUUCGAGAAGUGCUCUCAUGGUGUUAGCAACAAGGGUAGAAAGUUCGGAAGCGCAACGACCGACUCUUCAACAGCCCUCGAGAUCACCGACCUUACGAAAACUUACAAACCUUCUCUAUGGAGACGAUGUUGUCGGAGAGCUCGUCCCACGAUAGCUGUCAACUCACUCAGCUUUUCCAUGCAGAGGAAGCAAGUCUUGUGUCUUCUUGGCAUCAACGGCUCUGGCAAGACAACAACAUUAGGUCUGAUCGCUGGCACACAGAAGCUCACAAGUGGCUCAAUAAAUAUCAAUGCCCCUCGCUCAAAUCUUGGCAUCUGCCCCCAGCGCAACAUCCACUGGCCCGAGCUUUCGGUCCUCGAGCACGGUAGACUUUGGGCCAUGAUGAAAGGCGGAGCAACAGAUCCCCAUUCACUCGACACCCUCGUUGAGUCCUGUGAUCUAUCCCUGAAGAAACACAGCCCCGUCGGUACACUCAGUGGAGGCCAGAUGAGAAAGGUACAAAUGCUAUGCAUGUUAGCAGGCGGUAGUUCAAUCUGCCUCAUGGACGAAGUCACCACUGGAAUGGACCCCGUCUCUCGAAGAGCAAUGUGGAACAUCAUCCUUGCCGAACGCCAAAAACGAAGCCUCAUCCUCACGACCCAUUUCCUAGACGAAUGCGAAGUUCUCGCCGAUCAAGUCGUCAUCGUAUCACACGGCCACGUCAAGUGUCAGGGCUCCACAGCGGCUCUGAAGAAUCUCCACGGAGGAGGUUAUCGCGUACAUCUACCGGGCGCUCAGAACCCGCCGAACACACCAUAUGCUACGACUGUACAUCAAGGGCAGACUGUGUUCAAAACUCCAGAUUCGACAUCUGCUGCACAGCUUUUGACGUCUCUGCAAGCAGCGGGAUACUCUGAUACGUCAUUGAGCGGUCCUACCAUGGAAGAUGUCUUCCUAGAGGUCGCUGAUGAACAUGAUGAAGACGACGUUGGAACUUCUGACAGGAGUCCUUUUCUUGAAGGUACCGAGACACCGGAUAGCCAACUCAGUUCAGGAACACAAGCUUCAUUCCUCCAACAACUCUCGGCACUUCUCCUUAAGCGCCUUCUAGUUCUCAAGAGAGGAUUCUGGUGGUAUAUCCUCGCCCUCGCGAUCCCAAUGAUCUUCACACCUAUUUUCAGCGCCAUGGCCAACGAUCCCACACCCUUCCAACCAACACCCUGUGUAUCAACCGACUCAUCCGUUCUCGACGAACCAUGGCCAAUAUCUCUUCGACCAAAUGGCUACUAUGAUCUAGCAGGUUUCGAUAAUAUCUCUAUGCUUAUCGGUCCAAACUCCCUCAACAAGACUCUCUUUCGCUCGUUGUCAAAGUACCCCAUCGGGAAGGAAUAUGACAUGAAGGCUUAUCAAGAUCAGAUCAAGUCCCAGGAUGACUAUGAUGCUUUCUUGAAACAAGUUAGUGAUAAACCGAGACAGCUUGUACCCGGAGCGUUGUACAUGGAUGGGAAGGAUAAGGAUACGCUUGCGUACAACGCAGAGCAUGGCCCUGAUGGGUCGAUGUUGAUGUUGAAUAUGUGGAGUCAGCUGAAGAGUGAAACUCCUAUUUCGCUAUCUUUUGCAUACUUCAGUUCAUCUAUACCUUCUGACCCUGGCCCCGGCAUGUUUCUCGCUAUCCUACUCACCGUCCUACACGUGCUUUACCCAGCCUUCUUCGCCCUAUACCCCGCGUACGAACGACUUCGCAAGAUUCGAACCCUACAAUACUCCAACUCGAUCCAACCUCUUUCACUCUGGACAUCUCACAUCAUCGUGGACAUAGUCUUCGUGCUUAUUAUAUCCUGCCUCUCCACCUUGUUUAUCUCUUUGCUCAUUCUAAAGUGGUAUGGAGUUUGGCAUCUCUUCCCUGUUAUGCUUCUGUACGGCUUCGCGAUGAUGCUUUGGUGUUACAUAAUCUCCCUCUUUGCACGAUCAGAGCUUUCCUCUUUUGGCAUAUCCUUUUGUGUUUCGCUUUUGAUGUUUGGUAUCUCCGUCGCAGGACUUAUGAUUGCAUCUUUCAACCAAAGCCCAGGCAAUAGGUCUGCUUCCAUUGACACAGCAGUUUUCAUCCUCGGUCUCAUCUUCCCGGUCGCCAACCUCUUCCGGGCCAUGGUCGUUGGUCUCAACGUCUGGGCCGCGGGAUGUCGUGGUGAUGCAGUGAUAAGCUACCCAGGCAAUAUCCAUGCCUACGGCGGCCCGAUUCUUCUCCUCUGUAUCCAAGUCGCGUACUUGUUUGCUCUUUUGUUGUUCCUUGACGGAAGAACGUGGACGUUGAGAAGUCUGUGGGCAGAGCAUAUCGUGCCACUGUACCAACGGAAGAGGAUCGACGGGAAGGAUGCUCACAUUGAGAUGGCGCCAAUGACAAAGCCUCGUGGCAUGAGUGGGAACUUGGUCGAUGUUGAUCAAAUUUACAAGUCAUUUGGUGGUAAUGUUGCUGUUGAUGGUGUCUCUCUCACUAUGGCAAAGGGAGAGCUACUUGCUCUUCUCGGCCCCAACGGAGCCGGUAAGACGACUACUACCAACAUGAUGCGAGGCGAAGUUCGCCCAGACUACGGUAAUAUCUACAUCAAGGGGGUGGAUAUGCAGAAGGAUACCCGAGCUGGGCGACAUAGCAUCGGCUACUGUCCACAAUUUGACGCCUUGGACCAGAUCACCGUACGCCAGCAGCUUGCUUUCUACGCUCGCGUGAAGGGCAUAGCAGAUGUACAGAGGAAUGUCAACUUGGUCAUGUCAAAGGUUGGAUUGAGGCCUCACGCCGAUAAGCUGACAUCUCGGUUAUCUGGUGGAAACAAGCGAAAGCUGAGUUUGGCUAUUGCUUUAUUGGGCAACCCACCGAUUCUCAUACUGGACGAACCGAGUUCAGCGAUGGACCCUAUAGCUAAGCGCGACAUGUGGGCUAUGCUGUCAGGCAUUUCAUCAAGUCGCUCAGUCCUUUUGACGACGCAUUCAAUGGAAGAAGCAGAUAUGCUAGCAACCCGCGUCGCAAUCCUUUCAAAACGCAUCCUCGCCGCCGGCACAAUCCAAGAACUCCGCAACAGGCACAGCAACUCGUACGAAGUACAUUUGGUACUAGAUUCAGCACCAACAUCAGACCAAGUCGAAAUGCGCAAGGUGGAAGCAUGGAUUCGCAAGACGUUCCAAGGUGCCAACUUUAGGGGGCUGAGCUUGGGAGGACAGUUUCGCUUCAGCAUUCCGGCCAGUAGCACUGCUGAUGGAGCGUUUGCUGCUUCGCAGAAUAAGAAGGGUCAGGUUGUUGAGGUGAUUGAGACUCUGGAGCAGUAUAAGAGGACUAUGGGCGUUGCGCACUAUACUGUUAGUAUGGGGACUUUGGAGAUGAUAUUCUUGAAGAUUAUUGAGGAUUAUAUUUUGUAUUAG